AUGGAUGGACGAACAUCACGUAACAGUAGAAUUUCGUGUGUGCGCGCUGACCUGGUUCGAUUUCUCCCAUCCCUUCAGAAAUGGAAGAAGCCUCGAAAGACGGCAGGGAACGACGGGACCGACGACGAAGAGUCGUCUUCGUCAGGAGAUUCGUCAGGAGAUUCGUCAGAGGAAGAAGAGCAGGGUAACAACGGCGGUGGAGAAGAGGAAGGGGAGGACGAGGAGGAGGACGAAGAAGACGAAAGCAGCGAAGAUUCCUCAGAGUCGUCCGGCAGCGAGGAUGAAGACGGAACUCCCAAAAAGCCGAAGAAAGGGCUGCUAGGACUGGGAGAUCGUCUGGCAGCUAGGGCUGCCGCAAUUGCCAAGACUGCCGGAAAUGCACUGCAGGCGGUGACUGGAGAGGGGCGACGGCGGGAGACACCCCCAUGGGCGAGAGCGGCGUGCUUCCGGCGGUGUAAUUGCAACCACGGCGUUCCUACAGACAGCACGGCGUUCGUGCCGCUUCAGGAAGGGAGGAAACUCGAGCACGAGGCGGUCGGGGUGGUUACGGUAAGAACAGAGCCCCUCGAGGGAGCUGAGCUCGAAUUUGAGAAUCGACCACCGCUGGAACGGACACCGCCACCCCCAUACGUGCUCAGGCUUUUCCUGGAGUACAUGGACAGCAGGACUGUUGCCCGCUGUGCUCAUACCUCAAAAGAAUGGCAUCGCGAGUGCUACCAGAGGAACGAAGAGGGGGUGCCAAUGCACCCCGCCUACAUCGGGAUGCAUUUCAUGGAGCUGGGCUCGCAAGUUGAUGCCUGUCAAGACAAGAUCGACGGGAUGUUUUUCCACCAGCCGCCGACGGGAAGCCCUGGACAGCUUUUCACCGCCGGUCAGCGGAGGGUCACUGCUUGGAGGCGCCAAGAGACGGAGGUGGACACGGAGCGAGAACAAUCGACAGCGUCUGAAGGUAGCGGGUCCACGAAGAGCGGCGAGUCUUCUGAGACCUCUCAUUCAGAGGGCGACGCGGCUCCCAGAAUCGAAGUGUCGUGGCAGAGUGCAGGGGUCUGCCUUCGCGAUACGGCUCCCUUCACGAUGAUUCUACCGGUCAACAGCAGGCCCCGCAAGAAUCCCAACAUGGCUUUUCACUCGGCCAACACAAGCUCUUGCUUUCUGGCGUGGCAGGCGUUUACGGCACCAUCCGUCGGGUUCUGCAAAGCCCACGGGGCGCCCCAACACUCCUGCUACAUGUACUCGGUUUCUGAUGACAGAUACCUCAAGGUGUGGGACCUCGCGACGAAGGACUGCCUGCACACGGUCAAGCCCAAGAUUUCGGACUGCGGAACGGUGUGGAAUGUCCCCAAGGCAUCCUUCGGGCACACGAAGGUCUGUACCUUCCGAGAGCACAAGCGGGCAAUCACGGCCUUAUCGCUGACCAAGGCACACCUCUUCUCUGCCUCAGACGAGGGUCACGUUGUGAGGCAAGACAGGCGAAUUAAAUGCAUCUGGGUCCACCAUGCACCUCCGGAUUCCCCCGACCCGGGCAACGGGAGCCUCUUUCUUGGACUGGCCACCGGACUGGUAUUGGCCUAUCCCAUUACCGAUGCCGUAUGA